AUGCUACCCUCCGUCUUUGGCUGCAGCCCUGGCACGCAUGGCGGCUCCUUUCCUUUCGGAUGCCUUGCCGCAGCAGCCCUACCCCUUGCGACUUGGCUGCAGCUGUUGCCGUGUCGCUUUACUUGGCCUGCUCGGUCCCACAGGGUUGAGGACGGUGCUGGUACUUGCAGUACUGCCUCCCCGAGGCCAGUCUCCUCUGACCCGCUGUCCUCUCUGAGGGCAGCCUGGACCAAACGACUGCUUGCGUCCGGUCUUGCCCAACGCAUUGCUGCUUCCCUGAACUCCGGGUCUAAGUCUCCUCCAUUGUCUGAGGCUGAGGUUGCUCCUUUUCUGGAUGACCUCCGUUCCUUCCUGCAUGUGGAGGACGACACUAUCUGGAAACGUCUGCUUCUGGUCCAAGAAGGUCAGCCGUUUCGGCUCAAUCUCUGGCACUGUCUCUCGCUGGUUUGUGCAGACCCGGAUUCGGGAUACUUUGAUCUUCUCCGCUCUGGCGUCCCCUUGGGCGUGCCAGAGCCUAUUCCCCCGUGUCCGGUUAUGCAUCCUCCUCCUUCCCCUGACGCCACGGUCAUCCCGCUUCAGCGUUGUGACUCUGCCUGGAAAUCUGCCCUUGAUCACGCAGAUGUGGUGGAUGAGUUGCUCGAAGCUGAGCUGGCCGAAGGUUGGAUCGCUCUGGUUCGGGGAGGGGAUGCCGAGCUGCGCCGUCGCUACAAUCGUACGGCGGUCGGCAAACUGGGAGUCGUGCUGGCUGAGGGACGUCCUCCGCGUCUGGUGGUCGACAGCUCUGUGUCUGGCGUCACGAGCAACACUGCUCUGCCCAACCGUUCUGCUAACCCCACUCUGUCGGACGUCUUCUUCUGUAUGCCUCUCUCCGAUUCCUCGGAACGGCUUGCCGCUUUGAUACUGGAUGUUGCUAAAGCGCAUCGCCGUAUUCUGAUUCGUGCGCUUGACCGCGGCCUUCUUUGCUUCCGCCACCGUGGCAAGCUGUAUCAGUGUCUCACACUAAAUUUUGGAGCCCGCGUGUCAUCAUUUUACUGGGCCCGUGCCGCCGGUCUGUUACUCCGCCUGGUCCACCGAAUUGUCCGCGUCCGCCACUCGGCUCAGAUUUACGUUGACGACAUCCUGGCACUCUUGCAUGCCACAUCGGCCCCGCUUUGGGCCUCCUUAAUUGUCGUCCUUCUUCUGGUUCUGCGCGUGCCCAUGUCAUGGCACAAAGCUGCUUUGGGCCCGUCUGUUGUGUGGAUCGGCUGGGAGUUUAACCUGUCACAUUUUUGCGUGAAGUUAGACCCCGGCAAGUUCACACGGCUCUGUGCUCUGCUCCGGCAGGCCCUUUCGUCCAAACGAUGCUCCUGUCAUUUGUUGGAGCGUGUCACGGGCAAGCUACUCUGGCUGUCUUCUCUGUUCCGUACAUUCCGCCCUUCUCUGGCUCCGCUUUACUCAGACCAGCAUGCUUUGCUGCCCACCAUGACAGCGCUUCAACCCGAGCGGUGGCCUGAACUAUUGCAGGCUCUCUCUCCGGACCUCAUCCUGCUGCGUCCGAUUGGGGUGGCUGCCCUUCCGCCGGGCUCCAAGAUCCUACGUGUCAAUCAAACUGCGGUCUCUUGCCGCGGUGACCUUCCGCUGCAGGCCCCUGAUGCCCGUCGCAUCUGGCUUCAGUCUUCGUCUCCGCACACCGGGAUGUGUGUUCUCUCUGACUCUUCGCAGGAGGUGCUGAGACUCUGGUUGGAUCUCUGCCAGUCUGGCACGGCCGUUCGCUCCUUGCUGCGACCGCCCCUCUACGUCUGUGAAGCCUUUGCUGACGCCUGCGCCACUGAGCUCUCCGCGGGACUCGGCGGCUUCGUUCGUUUACCGGACGGGCGCCAACUGUUUUUUCGUCAAUCUUUUGACCGUCACGAGCUUCAUAGCUUCUUUUCCUGGUUCCCUGAGACCGCCUCUGCUCAGGCCUUUAUCGCCAGCUGGGAACUGCUGGCACAAUGCGCGCUGGUUGUCUUAUUGGACGUCCUGCUGGGACCAGGGCACCUGCCCGUGCACUGCGUCUUCAAAUGCGACAACUCUGCUGCCGAUGCCGCGAGCUGGAAGGGUCUGUCUAUGGCCAAGGGCCUUUGCUCUGUGCUCCGAUCUUUUCUGCUCUGCCAGCAGGCGCGUCGCAUUUCCGUCUACAUUGAUCACGUUCCGGGAUUGUCGAAUGACGUCGCAGACGCCUUAAGAACAUUGCAUCUCUUGGGACCAGUUUCCGCCUUCUCCGGAUCUGUCCCUAUUCCCGUCUGCGGCGGACUUUUCUGGUUUCCUAUGCCCGGGUGGCUCUUGCUCUGCUUGAUUCUCAUUUUGGCUGGUCCCACGGCUGUGGUCAAGCUUCCGGCUCGAGGUUUCCAUUGGUUUUCCAGCCAGAGAGAAUGCGGAUCGACACUGCAUCCGGCUCUGGUCCUGGUCCGAGUUCUGCUUCCCGACCAGGGCCACCCGAGCCCGGACUGCUUCACGCCACCGGACAAAAAGAAGCCGACGCCUACGCCCUCAACCGUCCCCCAAAUCUUGAAUGCGGCGGAGGAAAGGCACAAAGCCGUCCUCGAGAGCAAGGUCAAAGAAGGUGUAGGCUCCAUCACCGAGCUUGCGCAUCCCAUGGUGGUGACACGAGCCGACAUCUUCAUGGACCUCUCCUUCGAACAGAUUGGAGAGCUGCACGAAGGUGCGCGUGACAGAGGGAUCCUGACAUAUAUGGACUCGAAGUCCAGCAUCCAAGCGCACUGGAAGCAAGAGCCGAAUUCACGGAUUGUGUUCCUGAGUUACCAGUGGCUCUCGUGGAACCGCCACGGCCCCAACGCCACGCAGUUCGAGGAUCGGUUUUACGUCCUGCAUGGCUUAGUUGGCAAAAAGGGCUUAAUUGGGCAAAACACUUUUCCAGGGCCUACGUAG